CCCGGGUAUUUCGAAUUUAGUAGUCUGAUGAUCAGAUCUACUGGUGGUUUGCCGGAAUCAUCCACAACUUUUAAUAAACCAAACUGUGAUAGAGACGGCCAACGCAAUACAGUUAACAGUUUGAAUAAUGUUGUUGUUGUUGUUACAGUACCAUCAGUUAAUCUGACAAAUCCAUCUACAUCAGUGAUUGUUGUUAGUCAAUCGACUACUACGAUGUCUAGUUCUAAUCGUAAUUCUCGAAAUAAUUUUAACUACAAAUGUUCAUGCAAAGAGUUAGCGUCUCAUUCUUCUCAUCGUUCCAAUCAUUAUUCAUCUGGUGUUCAUUCCUCACAUUUUCAACAUCAUGGUAAUCAUCAUCAUCACCAUCAUCACUAUAAUCAUCCUGGUCAUAAAGAAAAUCACACCUCUCAUAGUGUUGUUGAAAGUAGUAAUUCAUCUCCCACCAGUGGGACAAGUUCAAGUCAUCAUUAUUCUUCACAUUAUUCUACAUCUCAUCAAACUGUUCCAACUUUUCAACACAACAUAAAGCAUAAUUCAUUCCCUAUUAAAUGGAAACCAGCGAUAAGUAGACACUUACAAGAGUUCAUGAUCAGUCGUAAGUGAUUUUCAUUAAGUCUGUACAUAGUAACAACAAUCAUUUUCAUUUAUAUAAAGUAAAACCGAAAGCCAGGAGCUGUAUAUUUCACCUAAAUUAAAAAAGUGUAAUAAUAUGAAUAAGAAAAGAUUGUGGCAUAAUAGUGAUAACAAUAAAUGAAAAAUGUAUUCCAAGUUACUUUCAGAAUGGGAACAGUUUCAUGCACGUCUGUUACAUUCGAAUAAUAUUGUUACAAAAUCCUGCUGUACCGGAGCAACAACAAUAAAUACUGACACACUGACAACAGUAGCUAUUAACAAUCAGCUUACUACAUCUGGUGAUUCUACUACUAAUAAUAAUGACAGCCCAUCAUCAUCAAAUGAUAUGACUUCAUCAAGAACUAGUUUAUCUGAUAAUUCUUCGUCUGGACAAAUUGCCAACACCCAAUCUAAUAAUAAUGGUAGUAAUAGUAAUAGUGGUAAUGAUUCACCUUCGAUAAUUGAUUCAAAUAUUAUUGGUCGUAGUAGCGGUAGUAGAGUGAAUGAUUUACCUGUUACACUAGCUACUAUUACUACAACUAUUAGUAAUACAACACAUGGACGCGGUAGUAAUAAUGUCAGUAGUAACACUUAUGGUGUUGCGAUGAGCAGUUGUAAUAGUUAUCCUAGACGUAAACAAAGUUGUGGAUAUGUUACAAAUCAAAUGGGGAAGGGUAUGAAUACAGGUUCAUUGGGAUGGAAAAGAAAUCAGACUUCAGGAAGAAAAAUCUCACCUGGAAAUUUUAACAAUCGAUAUCCUGUAAAUUACUUCAGUAAUCGAAACUCUUCAUUCAUUAUAUCUACUACUCCUACUACUGCUACAUCAAAUAGUGUGCUUCCUGUCGUCACGUAUAUUUCAUCAUCUAUAACCACAACAACCAUCACAACAACAACAGCAACAACUCCAACAGUAGUGAAUUCAUCAAACACUGAUCAAAUGAGUAUCACCACUGUAACCAUAAAUAAUCAAUCCAAUUUACAGAGUUCAAAUGUGAUUGAUUUUAAAACGAAUACUUCAGUACCCUUACUAUUGUCAUCAUCCUCAGAGGGUUGUAUACAACAGAAAGUUUCUUCUUCUCUUCCUGAAUCCAAUUCUAUUUUUAAAAUUGAUAUUUACAACUCUUCGACUGUAACGAAUUCAAUAAUAAAUUCACAAAAAUUGGAAAUAAAAACAGAGGAUGUUGAUAAAGUUUCAGAUAUGAAAAUUCAUGUUAACAACAACUGUGUUGUUAUAGCACAAAAACAUUUGUCUGAUUUACACCUUACCAGUGGUGAUAAUAACAAUACAAUUGAUAAGUUGAAAGAAGAUAUUCCAAUUGAUGAAUCGACGAAAAAUUCAUGUAUUACUUUAUCCAAUUCAUCAUUAUUAUUAUUGCCUGAAGAAGAAAGAACAUUAACCAUUGCAUCAAUUUUGAAAGUUGAUCAAGAAAUUGGAAGUUCUAUUAGCUGUGGAAAAGUUGAAGAAGGUGAGUGUUACUGGACUCCGGAUCCCCCAGCCUCUCCUGAAAAUAACACUACCCCACAUCAUGAAAAUUAUUCUAGUAGUUAUCAUUCAACUAGUGUAUCUCCAAGUCCUCCACAACUAUCAGUUUCAUUACCAUGCUCAAAAGAUUUACACACUACUGCCUAUCAUCCACCACUUAGUAUUCGCACAGAAUUAUCUUCAAUGCUUGAUUUUCGUCGAUUCAAUCAACCUAGAGAUUCUCCGCAUAUCUCUUCAUCUAACAAUAGUAGAUUAGAAAGCCUCAAUGAUGUCGAUUAAAAGUUUAAUAAGAAUUUUUUUUUUCUAUUGUCUAUUAUAAUCACCAAUAUUUAAUUGCCUCCAGGUUUUCUUUAUUUCAAAAAACUAAAACCCUCCUUACUUUUAUUUUCGUUUUGACAAACCGGUGGGUACCGUUGAACUUACACUUACGCUUGUCACAUUUUUUUCUUAUACUGCAUUAAACUGUUUUAGUCUCUUAUUUAUCUAAUCUAUUUACUUAUAUAUUUAUACAAAAAAAUCUAUGAUUUGAUACUGUAUAAUAAUAUUGUUUAGUUAAUCAUAUAACUUAUCAUUUAAUCAAGUUUAGCAUUUGUUUUUUUGUUAUUUUUUAAUUGCAAAAUUAAUUAAUUAUCGUUUAUUGAUUUUGUUUUAACUACUGAUAUUAUUUGUUAGUAAUAUAUAAUCUUUUAUUUCAUUUUAUUUUAACCCAAUAAUUUAUUUUUAUCACAUUCAUUCAAAGGGAUUUAAUAAUAUAAGUUGGUAAAUUUAUUGAUUAUUGUUAUUAUUCUAUUUAGGUAUCUUUUAUGCUACCAAAUUGUAUGUUUAUUUAUGUUGUCAUGUGAAUUUUUCAGGUUUUUUUUCGCCCCUCCUCAAAGCCUCAACUUGAAACUUUUCUGUGCUAUUAUGGAUAAUUCUCAUAGUAGUAUUAGUAUUAGUAUUGUUUAUUCUAACUUAUUUGUUAUUUGACUGAUUUUUCAUGUUCUAAUUUUAUAAUAAUAUAUUUCAGAGCAGAG